GGUCUAGAACACACUGCAGAUCCAGCUUCGGGGAAUAUACCCAGCCUGAGAAAGGGAGACAAAAGUUACUAUGUUCAAGGAGUACUUUCUAAUCCCAUAACUUCAGUGUCCUGAAAUCUGAGGAUUCCACCAAGAUAAUAUGAUAGGACCUUUCAGUGCUUUGGGGCCAUAUCCUACGUAGACUAAUGUGGGAUUUCCAGAUUUCCUGAGAGCUUGGUACAACUGCACACACUGCUUGCUAAUCAGCACAGGCAAUAAUGCCAUCUCUGCCUCAAGAAGGAGUUAUUCAGGGACCCUGUCCUCUGGAUCUGAAUACACAAUUACCUUAUCAAAGCACAAUGAAAAGGAAAGUCAGAAAGAAGAAAAAGAAGGGAACCAUUACAGCAAAUGUUGCUGGGACAAAGUUUGAAAUUGUUCGUUUAGUAAUAGAUGAAAUGGGAUUUAUGAAAACUCCAGAUGAGGAUGAAACAAGUAACCUUAUAUGGUAUGAUUCUGCUGUCCAGCAGGAGAAAAUUGCAGAGCUGCAAAAUUACCAGAGGAUCAACCAUUUUCCAGGAAUGGGGGAGAUCUGUAGGAAGGAUUUCUUAGCAAGAAAUAUGACCAAAAUGAUCAAGUCCCGACCUCUGGAUUAUACCUUUGUUCCUCGAACAUGGAUCUUUCCUGCUGAAUAUACCCAAUUCCAGAACUAUGUGAAAGAACUGAAGAAAAAACGGAAGCAAAAAACUUUUAUAGUAAAACCAGCUAAUGGUGCAAUGGGUCAUGGGAUUUCUUUGAUAAGAAAUGGCGACAAACUUCCAUCUCAGGAUCAUUUGAUUGUUCAAGAAUAUAUUGAAAAGCCUUUCCUCAUGGAAGGUUACAAGUUUGAUUUACGAAUUUAUAUUCUGGUAACAUCAUGUGAUCCAUUAAAAAUAUUUCUCUACCAUGAUGGACUUGUACGAAUGGGAACAGAGAAGUACAUUCCACCUAAUGAGUCCAAUUUGACCCAGUUAUACAUGCAUCUGACAAACUACUCUGUGAACAAGCAUAAUGAGCGUUUUGAACGGGAUGAAACUGAAAAUAAAGGCAGCAAACGUUCCAUCAAAUGGUUUACAGAAUUCCUACAAGCAAAUCAACAUGAUGUUGCUAAGUUUUGGAGUGAUAUUUCAGAACUGGUGGUAAAGACUCUGAUUGUAGCAGAACCUCAUGUCUUGCAUGCAUAUCGAAUGUGCAGACCUGGUCAACCUCCAGGAAGUGAAAGUGUCUGCUUUGAAGUCCUGGGGUUUGAUAUUUUGCUCGACAGAAAACUAAAGCCAUGGCUUCUGGAGAUUAAUCGAGCCCCAAGCUUUGGAACUGAUCAGAAAAUAGACUAUGAUGUAAAACGGGGAGUGUUGCUCAAUGCACUAAAGCUACUAAACAUCAGGACCAGUGACAAAAGGAGAAACUUGGCCAAGCAAAAAGCUGAGGCUCAAAGAAGGCUUUAUGGUCAAAAUUCAAUAAAAAGGCUCUUACCAGGCUCCUCAGACUGGGAACAGCAGAGACACCAGUUGGAGAAGCGGAAAGAAGAGUUGAAAGAGAGACUUGCUCAAGUACGAAAGCAGAUCUCGCGAGAAGAACAUGAAAAUCGACAUAUGGGGAAUUAUAGACGAAUUUAUCCUCCUGAAGAUAAAACACUACUUGAAAAGUAUGAAAACUUGUUGGCUGUUGCCUUUCAGACCUUCCUUUCAGGAAGAGCAGCUUCAUUCCAGCGAGAGCUGAAUAAUCCUUUGAAAAAGAUGAAGGAGGAAGAUAUUUUGGAUCUUCUGGAACAAUGUGAAAUUGAUGAUGAAAAGUUGACGGGAAAAACUGCCAAACCUCGAGGACCAAAGCCUCUGUGUUCUAUGCCAGAGAGCAGUGAGAUGACGAAAAGACAGAAGUACUACAGCAGUGACAGCAGUUACGAUAGUGGCAGCAGCUCUUCGGAAUCCGAUGAAAAUGAAAAAGAAGAGUAUCAAAAUAAGAAAAGAGAAAAGGAAGUUACAUAUAAUCUUAAACAGCCCAACCACUACAAAUUAAUUCAACAACCCAGCUCCAUACGUCGCUCAGUCAGCUGCCCACGGUCCAUCUCUGCUCAGUCACCUUCCAGUGGGGACAUCCGCCCUUUUUCUGCUCAACAAAUGAUAUCUGUACCACGGCCAACUUCAGCGUCUCGGUCACAUUCCUUAAACCGUGCUUCCUCCUACACAAAGCAUCUGCCUCACAGUAACAAUGUCAGCUCUAUCAGCUCACAGGUGAGUGAUUCUUUGCGGAAACUGAAAACAAAAGAACAAGAAGAUGAUCUAACAAGUCAGACCUUAUUUGUUCUCAAGGACAUGAAGAUCCGGUUUCCAGGAAAGUCAGAUGCAGAAUCAGAACUUCUGAUAGAAGAUAUCAUCGAUAACUGGAAGCAUCAUAAAACAAAAGUGGCUUCAUAUUGGCUCAUAAAAUUGGACUCUGUAAAACAACGAAAAGUUUUGGACAUAGUAAAAACAAGUAUUCGUACAGUUCUUCCACGCAUCUGGAAGGUACAUGAUGUCGAGGAAUUAAAUUUGUAUCGGAUUUUCAACCGGGUUUUUAAUCGCUUACUCUGGAAUCGUGGUCAAGGGCUGUGGAAUUGUUUCUGUGAUUCAGGAUCCUCUUGGGAGAGUAUAUUCAGUAAAAGCCCGGAGGUGGUGACUCCUUUGCAGCUCCAAUGUUGCCAGCGCCUGGUCGAGCUUUGUAAACAGUGCCUGCUAGUGGUUUACAAAUAUGCAACUGACACGAGAGGAUCACUUUCAGGCAUUGGUCCUGAUUGGGGUAAUUCCAGGUAUUUGCUACCAGGAGGUACCCAAUUCUUCAUGAGAACACCAACCUACAACUUGAAAUACAAUUCACCUGGAAUGACUCGCUCCAAUGUUUUGUUUACAUCCUGAUAUGGCCAUUUGUGAAACAGAAGGGAAGAUCGCCAUGAGUUAUGCAUAAUAGCAAAUCAUUUUUUCUCCCUCACGUUGAACAUGCAAAGAAAGUUACCAUUAAGUGCUGUUCUAUGUAUAUAAGACAUAUAAAUGUGUGUGAUAAUAUAUACACACAUGCACCCAAAUAACGUAUAUAUUUAUUAUAAUAUAUGAAAAAAAAUUAGCAGAAAAUAUAAGAUUUAACCUUUCUGGAAUAAACCAUGUUAAAAUUGUUUACACAAAUAUGUGAAUGUCUAGAAUUUGCUAGGUUUAUAAUUAAUUCCUUCCUACUAGAAAUGUUAUUUUUGCUGCAGAGUAUAUAAAACAAUUGAUCUUGAAGAUCCCAUUACAGUGUUAAAUUAUUUUCUAGAUAUCAUGCCUUUUGACUUGAAAAGGGGUUAAUAGUAUAAUACCUUAUUAAUUCUCAUCUAUAGUAGCCAUUUAAAAUGAAACAAGAAAUAUUUAGAAGCCUGGUGUUGCUCAAUGGUAGGAUUAAGUAUAAAACGGGUUUAUCAUUAGAACAGCACACUGUAAAGUACUAGAAAGUUCAUAACUCGAUUCUCCAACAUUUUUAUUCCUUUAUGUGGAAAUUUAGCUACUUGUAAUAAUAUAUAUGUUCAGUAAAGAUCUGGUAAGAUCAUUUUAUGAUCCAAAAUGGAAGACAAUCCAGUGGGUUAAAAAUAAAAUGUAAACUAGCUUUCAUGUUUACUUUUCAUAGGGAGUCACAUAAAGGAACAGAAAAUGAUGGUAGUGACAAAAAUCUUUCUGCAUGGUUUUUGUGUCUCACAUCACUCGUUUUUAUUUGGAAAGUAAAUCUUUGAUGGGUUUAACAUACAGUAAAAUACAGUUUUUCUGUUUUGCAGAAGAAUUGAUGUUUCAAACUCAAUUUGAUGUUAUAAUGAGUCACACUUAUUUUAUAAAUCACUCAAGGUUGAGGUCAACUUAACAUUGCAAAGUCUAAUAUAAUAGUUUUUCACUGCACCAUAGAAACUAAUUUAAAUGAUUGUGAAUAAAAGAUUCCAAUUACCACAUAUUACUAGUCAUCGAUGUACCCUUGAGGGUUCUUUAAUAUUGAGUAUGAAGUUUUCUUCCUGUCCAAAGUUAUUAUGCAUAAGUUUCAUAGCAAUACUUCCUUUUCUUGAAUACAAUUUUCAAAACAAUGAAUGAGCUUUCAGUUUUCCAUAAAAAUAUAAAUGACACUAUCAUUGACAUUGAAAGCCUCAGAAAGUGCAAUAUUCACUUUUUAGAAUUUUUUGAAAUUUCUUCCCCCAACAGUUUUAUUUUCUCACAGAUGCUAAUUAUUUUUAAAAUCCAUGAACGUUUUACCUCCUUUUAUUAUCCUAAAAGCUAUUUCCAGUAAAUCAAGAAAUGGUCCCAUAGGAGAAGGAGGACUGAGAGGAGCAAAUUGGCUGAAUUAAUUCUCAACCUAGAUAAUUGGCAACCCAAAGUUGGAAGUUAGAUAUAUUUCACAUUUCAAGCCAUCUUCUGAGUCUGUGUUCAGCUGAAGUAGUUUAUUUCUUUCCUAAAUCAUUGCCAGGAACUUUAUUCUUUAUGACUAUGGAACAUCCACAUUUCAGUAGAUACUUUUCCUUGCUGGAUGCAUCCUAAAGAAGAAUUUGCUAUUAUUGUGAAAGAAGAAGAUAAGGAUGUGAGAAUGAAAGAAAUUACAGUAUAGUAUUCAUGACUAUUUUAUGAAUUCUUAAAUAUGUUAUAGAUUUCUUAGAAUAAAUAAUGCAAAAAUUGGGAUAUUACAAAAUCACUGUAAGAACAAUCAGUAAGUAAAUCUUUUCAUGGAGAAUUUUUAGGCAUUAUUUUGAAAACUUAUGAUUUGGCUACAAAGAAGACAUAACUUUUAAGUGUCUGGUAUAAGAUAUCUAUCCAGUUUGUUGGCCACUCAUUUGCGUUAGCUUAAAAUUAGAAACAGUUACUUAAUUUGCUAGAGUGUAUGCUUUGGAACUUUUGUCCUUACUUAUAUAAGAUUGAAAUUUUUAUUUAAAACAAAAAUAAGAAUGUCCAACUUUACAAGGAACCCUUCCCCCAGGGGGAAAAAAAACCCACACAAACACAAACUUUUAAAACUAAGAGUAAUUUAAAUGUAUGAAAUUACCCAAUCAGUUGAAGAAUAAAUUUCAUUUCUCUAGCUACUUAAGUCUGGUCUUAUUUUUGAGUACUAGGAUAUUAUUGCCCACAGUUGCCUAUUUGUACUGAUCUAGUUUGAUAUGAUGAAGUUGUGAAUAAAAGCCAUGUGCUCAUUAUAUAUACUACCUGCUAUGCUGUGGACUAUGUCUGCUGAAGUGCUAUUCCCUAAUGAGCAACUAAGAAGAAAAGACACAAUAAACCAUGGAAGUCCCAAGAGGCCAUAGAAAUGUUUUAGAGUUAUAAGAUAUUCCUUAUUUUUUAUUAUAAAUUUUUUAUUCAUAGGCUUAAAAAUAUCAGCAUAAGUGAUAGCAUAGAUCUGAUUCUCUCUCUCUCUCUCUUCUAGGAGAAAAAAUAGCUUUAUCUGAAAAAACCCAGAAGCUACUUAAUCUUACCAGAGGUUUUAAUAAGAAAUUCAGUUAACUUACAAUGAAAGCAUAUUUUCAUCCUGUUACAGAAAAACAUAUCCCUGCUCAUUUAGUAAAUCUAAGAUUGGAAUGCUUUUCAGAACUAUAUGAGAUUGGAAUAAUUUCCAGAAUUGCCUAAGAAACAGCCUUUUUAUUUUAAAUCAUCACCUACAAACAUAGUCUGAGAGAGCAAAUUAGUUUUCACUUGAAUAAUCCAGCAUUGUAGACUAGUUACCGUUUGCUUUAUGUAAUCUGUUGAAGGAACUGUUGUGAUUCAUAUUUUGAUUAAUUAUGCUAGCAACAAAUUUUAUUUUACUAGCAUUUCAUUUACCUUGCAUAUAUAAAAAUGAAGUUGUAACAGCAUCAAAUAUGGAAAUGACAAAUGGUAACCCCUGCUUAGAGCAAAGUUGAAUAUCCUUGGUUAUCUAUAAGAUGUAAAGAUCUGUAUAAAUGUUAUAUGUCAAUAUUAGGUCUAAGUACACAAAAAGUUUGAACUAGUUCCUCCUCCCUAAAACUAAAACCAAACCAAGCCCAAACCAAAAAACCCAGCCUUCUUCCUGUCUAAUAUGUAUACACGACUAGAUAAUAGUGGCUUCUAGACAUCAAGAAAAGGAUUUCAUUUUAAUUCUCUUUUUAAUUUGUAAAGUAUAUGAGUAUGGAAUUUUGUUAUCUAACUUGAACUUUCAGAUGUUUUAAUAUAAAUUAAUUCAAGUACUUUCUUCUUUAGCAUGUCAAAGUAAUUCUGUUUAAAAAUUCUUUUAAUUCUAAACAUAUACAUUACUCGACUUUUUCAAAAGUACCAAAAAGUUGAUAGCUUCAUAAACACUAUUAUUUGAUUUUCUGUAAAGCACUGAUUCAUUCUUAAAUAUAUGUUCUUAACAAAAUAAUAGCAAAUACCUCUAGAGUGACAGAAAAUACUUUCCUUUUCUGUUCUGUAUUGCGAAUUUACAUUUUGAGUCUUAAUUUAAUUGGUUCUAAGGAUUAAACAAUAAAAAGUAUAACUGUACAAUUAA